CUUGCAGUCUACUGUUAUCUCGUCGAUGGUUAUGCUUCGUUGUGACAGCUCUUACUGUGUUGUUCAUCAUCAAAGGCGCGCCACAAGGCGCGGGAAAUCUCUCGAACGCGUGUAGAAUCCGUGAGAAAUGGCGCAGCGCAGUAUAGAUUCCUUCUUCACUAGAAUACCGUCUAAGAAGGAAAACUCGUCUCAGGUGACUUCUGAAAGCAGCUUGUCCGACAAACAGGAGGAUAAGGAUGCAUCAGCAAGUAGCAAGCGCAAGAGGGAUAGCAACGGCAGAUCUCCCAGCUCUCCUCCUUCAAAGAAACCAAGUGCAAAACUUACAGAGCCAAAAACAGCUUCCAAAACCCCUUCUCCAUCUACAAAGUCUCGUGCAAAACCAGGACUCACUCCAGAAAACAAAACAAGUAAAAUUUCACCUGGAAAACCAAAAAAAACAAAGGGGAAAAAAUUGAAAGAUACAUCUGGCAGUAAGAAAAAAAAGGAGGAUGAAAAUGAAAAAGUAAAUGGAGCCAAAACUGAUAAAAAUACUCAUAUUGAAAAUGAUACUGCUGAAGACAAAGAGGAAAAAGAAAAACCUGUUUUACCUACUAACCAAAAGGAAGAUGCAAAAGAUAACAAAACAAGCAACGGGGAAAGCAUCAAGCAGUCUUACAAUCCUAUAAAGUCUAGUUAUCAUCCGAUAAACGAUGCGUGUUGGAAACGAGGAGAUAAAACUCCGUAUAGCGCAUUUACACGCACUUUGGAGCUUAUCGAGGAAACAAGCGCACGACUAAAGAUAAUAGAAAUAUUGUCGAAUUACUUUCGGUCCGUUAUAGUUUUAAGUCCGGAGAAUCUUUUACCGAGCGUAUAUUUGUGCCUUAAUCAACUAGCGCCAGCGUACGAAGGUAUUGAACUGGGAGUUGCUGACACGAAUCUGAUGAAAAUGAUAGCGCAAUCUACUGGUAGAUCGGUUGCCCAGAUUAAAGCCCAUGUGCAGCAGAUCGGCGAUUUGGGAAUCGUGGCGGAAGGUAGCAGGUCAAAUCAAAGAACUAUGUUUCCGCUGGCAUUGUUGACGGUUCCCGAUGUGUAUGCCAAGUUAAAAGAGAUAGCUCAAAUGACAGGGCACUCGUCUCUGACGAAAAAGCUGGAGAAAAUUCAGUCAUUGUUUGUGGCCUGUCGUAAUACUGAAGCGAGAUAUCUGAUCAGAUCAUUGGCUGGAAAGCUUCGCAUUGGUUUGGCAGAGCAAUCUGUUUUACAAGCGUUAGCCUUGGCUUGUGCGAUGACACCGCCAGAACAAGCCUACCCACCUGAAAUAAUAAAUGUGAGCAAACAGAUGUCGAGUGAACGGUUCAAAGAAAAAUACGAUGAGAUAGCACUCAUACUAAAGACAACAUAUUGCGAAUGCCCAAAUUACAAUCUCAUAAUUCCUGUUUUAUUGGAGGAUGGAGUUAAAAUUUUACCAAAUAAAUGUAAACUUACGCCUGGAAUACCUUUGAAACCUAUGCUGGCGCAUCCUACUAAAGGCAUUCAAGAAGUGCUAACGCGAUUCGAAGGUCUGAAGUUUACGUGCGAGUGGAAAUAUGAUGGAGAAAGAGCACAGAUACAUGUUGCAGACAACGGUCAGAUCAAUAUUUACAGCAGAAACCAAGAGAACAAUACUAGUAAGUAUCCGGAUAUCAUAAAUCGAUUCAAGAAUACUCGCGACGAAUUGGUGAAAAAUUGCAUACUCGAUUGCGAGGCGGUUGCCUGGGAUAAGGAGAAGAAGCAGAUUUUGCCGUUCCAAGUACUCAGCACGAGAAAGCGAAAGGAUGCUAGUGAGGAAGAUAUCAAAGUGCAGGUAUGUGUGUUCAUGUUCGAUUUGCUGUACUUAAACGACGAGCCAUUGGUGAAAGAACCGUUCGCAAAACGGCGUGAAUUGCUGAAGAAACACUUCAAAGAAGUGGAAGGCGAAUGGAAAUUUGCCAACAGUCUGGACACUUCGACGAUGGAGGAAGUGCAAGUUUUCUUGGAUGAAUCAGUGAAAGGAAAUUGCGAAGGCCUGAUGGUGAAAACAUUAGAGGAGGAGGCAACUUACGAGAUUGCAAAGCGAUCGAGAAAUUGGUUGAAGCUAAAGAAGGAUUACUUGGACGGCGUUGGUGAUACACUCGACGUUGUUGUGAUAGGUGGUUACAUCGGUAAGGGAAAAAGAACCGGUACCUAUGGUGGUUUUCUCUUGGCUUGCUACGAUCAGGAGAACGAGGAGUAUCAGAGUGUCUGUAAGAUCGGCACCGGCUUCAAGGAGGAGGAUCUUGAAAACCACACGAAAUUUUUUAAGGACCAUGUGAUAUCUCAGGCUAAAUCAUAUUACCGUUUCGAUAGUAGCCACGAACCGGAUCACUGGUUCGAGCCGAUCCAAGUCUGGGAGAUUAAGUGUGCCGAUCUCUCUCUUUCGCCAGUUCACCGUGCGGCUAUUGGAAUAGUUGAUCCGGAAAAGGGGAUAUCCUUAAGGUUUCCGCGAUUUAUCAGGAUUCGCGAGGACAAGAGUUGCGAGAAUGCUACAUCCGCUCAGCAAGUAGCAAAUAUGUACAAUAAUCAAGAACAGAUCAAGAAUAAAACAUCGACGUCAAAAGCCAUGGAAGAAGAUUUCUAUUAAUAUAAAGUUUCUUUUUCACUUAUUAUGUGGUGUAUACAUUAAACUACGGUUUCAAUCAAUUCGUCAUAUAUUUUUUAUAAUUGAAGAUUUUGUAAACGCAAAAUAAAAUAUAUUCGAUAUGACACCAGA